GUGACGUUUUUUCUAAUUUUAUUAUUUUAUAUUAAUUAAAUAUAUAAUAAAAAUAUAAAAAUUUAAUUAAUGUUAAUAUCAAUUAAUCAAUAUUAUAAUUAUUGUGUUAAUAAGCUAUAAUUAUUAGUUACUACUUUUUUUUCAAUUAUUGAAAAUGUCAUUAUUUCCCGCUUAUCAAAUAAAAAGUACUCCGAGUCAUUCCAAAUCUCCGGAGCUUGAAAUUAUCAAUGAACCAAACACAAGUUGGUUAACAAAUUCCAGUUUCCAGCCAGAAAUAAUUCCUGGCCCGCGAAUAAUUAUCCUGUCAUCAGAUUCAUCAGACUGCGAAGUCAUUGAUGAAGUGAUUGAAAAAAAAUAUGAAACUUCUGUUAAUUCUGAUGUCCAGGAGGUUGACUACAGAGACCACAAACCCCAUCACCAUCAUCAUCAUCAUCAUCCACAUCAUCAUCAUCAUCAUAAGAAGCACAAAAAAUCAAAGAAACACAAGAAGGAUAAAGAUAAAGAUAAGAGAGCAGCAAAGUAUCAGCCGAUUGUUGAAAAUCUUUAUUAUGAAGAUCUAGUAAGAGACAAAAGUAUUUAUAAAGUUGACACUUUGUGUUCCCGAGUCCGCCCUCGGUAUUUUUGUUAUAAACAAACUCUAGGAUUCGUCGCUGUAAAGAAAGACAAGAAGACAAUUGUCAAGAGAUAUUUUGCUAAAAAUUUAGACGAGAAGGAAACGAAAGCUAAGAGUAAGUUGAGUUCUGUAAUACAGAGGCAGAAAAUUGUUUAUGAAGAAUCUGAUGAAUUGAAAGAGAAAAUAAUGAGGCGAGAGGAAGAAAAGAAAUCUAAAAUAAAAUAUUUCAAUGAAGAAUUGGCUGAGGAUCCGCAUAAUGUUGACUUGUGGCUCGAGUAUAUAAAUUUUGGAGAUCGUGACAACGAAUUUCAGACUACUUACGACCAAAAAGAAACCGAGUCUUUGAUGUACUCGAGGAAAUUGGCGAUUGUAGAGAAGGCAUUGGAUAAAAAUUCCGAUUCAAAACAACUUUUGAAAGCUAAAUUAUUAUUUCUAGGCGAGUUAUUACCAGCCGAUGAGUAUACCAGUAAAAUUGAGCAGAUGAUCAGCAAAGACCCAGGUAAUAUCGUACUCUGGCAAGCACUUAUCACCGCGACAAGGUCAUCAGUAGCGCUGUGUACUGUUCCUCGGGUGGUUAAUUUGUACUCCAAGUGCUUCGAGAGUCUUCAUUUGUGGCCGCGAGCCCAUCCCAAGACCUACGACGAACGUUUGCUCAAAAUGAUGUACCACUCAGUCAUAUUUCUACGUCACGCUGGACUCUGGGAGCAGAUGUGGGAAGCGCUGCGCUUGAAUCUAAACCUCAAUCUCAACAUAAACAAAGAGCACGCGCACUUGAAGGGAUCUGUCGAUGAGAAGAAAUUAAUUGACAUGGAAGAAGUUAUUCUAACGUCACAAUUGCCUCUGAACCAGCUGUGGCUACGAGUAGAAUUGUUGAGAGAAAACAGCCACUGGACAAGCGUAAGUCGCGAUCAACUGGAACUUAUCGGUGAUUCUCACAGAUUUAUAACACCAGAAGACGUAACUGAGUUUGUCCAUCCGUUACUAAACAAAAAUUCGUAUUUUAAAAUGUCAAUUUACAUUCUUCUGGCUUUGAAAGUACCGCUCUUGCCAACGAGGCAUUACUUCAUGCAGGAGCUGGGCCUAGACGAGAGUAACUGGACUUUUGAAUCAUGUGAGUCAUUAAUUCCGAUGCUGUAUCCUUGUGCCGGUGAAAUGGCCGGUUAUCAUCAAAGAGAACUGCUAGCCAGAGGAUUACUAGAAGCUGGACUUACUUCCGGUCCCCAGUAUCUGCGUUAUCACCCAGCACGCGAUGCGUACCUAGACUUUAUACGGGACGCCUUUCGUAUGAUUGCUGAGAGUUUUGGUCCCGAUGAGGACCACAGUAGAACGAGCAUCUAUAUCUGGUGGUUGCGAUUUGAAAGAAUGCUCCUGUCGAUGCAGAAAAACGAUCCAGUUAAAACUGACAAAAGUGUUAAGAAACUCAAAGUAAUUUUAAAAGACUUUUUAAAGCGGGAUGAGAAUCGAAAUAAUCUCCAAUACUACCGAGAGUACGCGUUAGUUGAACGCGAAAUGGGCCGCGUUAGUAAUUGCGUAAAUAUUUUAGAAACAGCCAUUCAAACUAAAGGAAAUAAUCCAGAAGCUUGUGCAAACCAACAUGAACGCGCUGCUCUGAUGAGUUUGUACAGAACUCUCUUGGAAGUUUUACUCGACGUAAAGAUGUGGGAUCAACUUAAACCAAAUACCAGUCAUAUAACUAAAGUACUCUGUGCUAUGACCAAUGAAUCUUUGGUUUCAACUGAAAAAUAUUUGCACACUUGUUACCAAGACUUUGUUGAUAAUUCAAAAGAAUAUGAUCUUGUUGACCAUCAGUUUCUACCAAACUUUCACUGCGACGCAAUCGCCUGCUACAUCUAUUUGCUCUUCAUCACCAAUCAUCAACACCAAGAAAUUUUCAAAGUAUUUGAUACCUGCUUAGAGUCUUCGAAAAAAUUCCCGCCUAUCCAUGAGCGGUUUUACGAAACUAAAAUAUCAUUUUUGCAACUGACGUGUGAAUUAAAAAUUUUUAAAUAUUCUGCACUAGAGGAGUCAUUGAAACGAGCAUGCCAAAGCUAUCCAAAUAAUUUUUAUUUGCUUUCCGUGUACGCUGGCAUAGAGAGCGAGUUACCACACUGGAGUAUUUGUUUACGGAGUGUUAAUAAUUGUGAGCAACGUCUGUGGCCGACAAUCGCUGAAUGUUUGGCAGGACGUGCUCGUUUAUACUCGACUAUUUGUUUGAAUGAUUCAACAGCAAGGACUGCUGCUUUAAAUCGACUUGUUCAUUUUCACAACAGACUUUUGAGAGUGACAGAUGUUCGUUGCUGUCCACUGAUCUGGAGACUCUAUAUGCUGCUUCUUCGAGAGGAAAAUUUGUGUGAAAAAAAAGGGGAACAAGUUUACCAUCAAAGUAUCAGCAAUUGUCCGUGGGCAAGAUGUAUUUAUAUUGAUGCUGCUGAAAUAGCGCCCCAAUUACUGACACAAAUCCAAGAUGUCAUUCGUGAAAAAGAUUUACGCAUGCAUGUUACCCCUGAAGAACUUGACAUCCUGCGAGGAUAA